GUUCAUUUGAAAUUAUGCGUUACUGUAUGGCUGAGUGAAAUGUGUAGGGCGAAUAAACGCGACAAGACUUUACGUCAGGUGUGUGAGAAAACGUUGUCACUUGCAGCAAAACUUAUGGAAAGUAGGAUCUAUCCUUUUUAUUUCCUAGGAUGCUUAAACUCAACAAUAACCUCCGCCAAUGCGAUAGAUAUUCUUAGAGCAUUGCAGUCUCUAACUUCUGAAAUUAUUUCUGUCCAGAAGGAACAUAGCUAUGUGUCUAAAUUGGUGAAGUCUCGAGAGAGCAGAAAGAAGGACUUGGAGAAUUUUCUUCCAUGUGAUAAUUACGCGGUUCAGUGGUUCGAAAAAUAUGGGUUUGGACUCACUGCCUCCGUCCCUAUAAAGGUAAUACUGGAAGCUUUUAUACCUUUAGGAGGGUCAACAACUAAUCAGGUUACCUAGACGGGCCAUAUUCUGUGUAGAAAAUUCAUCAUCAUGUCUGAGAGAGUUUAUAACACAAGAUAACCUGGCAUCAAGUAUGGAAAAUGUUGCACUUUGUUUGUGCUUAUUGCGUGAACUGUACCAAGGAGACAAAUCAACAUGGCGAGAUUAUAUAAAAACAUUGCCUUCCGAGUAUUCUACAUAUCUGUAUAUGGACGUUGUGGAUAUUCGCCUAUUAAAGGGAUCGCCAAUUCUGGAAAAAAUUGUUUCGAACUAUCUGUUCAUUUGUCGUCAAUACGCUUACUUUUGCUGUCGCUUCAUUAAUAACCCAACGGUCUUUGAUAUCCCGGAUUUCGUCUUUUGUUUCGAUGAUUAUAGAUGGUCUGUGUCAACAGUAAUGAGUAGAAGCAAUUACAUACCACAUCUUAACGGAAGAGAUAAAAUUAUGUGUCUUAUCCCCGUUUGGGACAUGAUGAAUCAUAAAUCAGGUCAUGUUACAACACACUAUUAUCCUGAAGUAGAUGAGUUAAUAUUCUGUACAAUGGAGGCAUACCAACCUGGUGAUCAGAUAUUUAUGGACUACGGAAAUCGUUCAAAUGAGGAUUUUUUCAUGUUCUCUGGUUUUAUACCUCAAGUCAAUCUGAACAAUAAAUUGACAAUAACUCUAGGUAUCAGUUCUUCCGAUUCUCUGGCAUUAACACGUAAACAAUUAUUACAAAGUUUUGGCUUAAAUGUUCCAUUGAAGUGUGAUUUGCGUGGUGAUAUUGAAUCCAUGACAGAAUUCCUCAUAUUUUCACGUAUUUUUUCCAUGGACAAAGAAGAACUGAAUAAAUAUCUAGUAGACUCUAAAUCGAAUCACACAAUAAUAAAACUGCAGUUGAGUAGUUUUGAGUUUAAUAAAGAAAUUGCCUCCGAAUGCAAAGCAUUAAGUUUUAUGAUUAAUCGCUUAAAAUUAUUAAUUGCUGCAUAUGGAACUUUACUGUUAGAGGAUACUCCUGAAUGGAGUCAGUUAACGUUAAUUCAACAAAAUUGUGAACGUCUUAAACAUCAUGAAAUUAAUAUCUUACGUUCUAGUAUUGAAAACAUUCAAAAUAUCAUGGAUAAUAGUUACAACGUCAUCAAUAAUAACUUGCUAGCUGUUUCUAUUAACCGUGACAGUGAAACUGUAUGAUUUUUUUCCUUUUGUUCGAGCUAGUUAUAAUUUCUAAAGCGAUUCAUGACUAUAAUUCUAUGUAAUUUUUUUUUUCACAUAUUCCUAGUAGACCAAUUGUUUUUUUUAUAUAAAAAGUUUUUCCCCUUCAUUUAUUAGACAGUGUUUAAGUAGAUCAUAAUAACCGCUAUAGUUGGUUUGAAGUAUUUAUUAUUUUAUAUCUCCUGGUAAAUACUCUUUUGAUUCAGUUUUUCUUUCUAUAUUUUAUCUUCUCAUUUGAACACUUUUUUAGUGUACUUUUUAUCUCUGUCGAUUUUAUAACCAUUUUAUAAUUUCAUUGUAGAUAGAAUUAGAACUUUUCUUAAAUUGUUAUUGUAACGUAAAUUGUCUUCCUUAUCCAAUCCUCUUUUAAAUAUAUUUAAAUAUGUGUAACCUCUUGUAAAAUAGAAUAAAUUAUACAUACAUCUGCA